AAUACAGUAAGUCGAAAUUAUGCCUCCCAAAACUUCUGGAAAAGCUGCUAAAAAGGCCGGUAAGGCUAAGGCAGUCAGAACUGGCGACAAGAAGAGGAAACGUAAGCGAAAGGAGAGCUACAGCAUCUACAUCUACAAGGUGUUGAAGCAAGUUCAUCCAGAUACUGGUAUCUCCAGCAGAGCCAUGGGAAUCAUGAACAGCUUCGUCAAUGAUAUCUUCGAACGUAUUGCCGGUGAAGCAUCCCGUCUUGCUCACUACAACAAGAAAUCCACUAUCACCAGCAGGGAAGUCCAGACCGCUGUCCGUCUCUUGCUGCCCGGUGAAUUGGCCAAGCAUGCCGUCUCUGAAGGUACCAAGGCUGUCACAAAAUACACCAGUUCCAAGUAAACAUCUUGUUGCCCAGUUUCAAACCAAACGGCUCUUUUCAGAGCCACACAAAAGUUCAAAAAAGAUUUGUGAAUUUCAGUGUCUGUCGUUUCCACUUUUCUUACUUUUUUUCCCCUAAUGAUAUUAGUAAGCGGUUAGUGAAAUACACAAUUAAUUCGAAAAUAUAGAUACACUUUUCUUUUUUGUUCCUAAUGAUAUAAGAAAUUAUUAGUUAAAGUGGUAGUUAGUAUUUCACAAAUAUAAAUACACAAAUAAUCCGAAGCAGGGAACAGUUUAAUUAAAAUUUUAUUGUUCCCUGAUUCGAAGCAACACAACAUUUAUCCUACCAGAAAAAUCAUCUGCUGGCUAUAUUUUUAUUGAAUAAUAACAAGAUAUGUACCUUUCCAAGGAACUCCAUAAAUAGCUUAAUCACAGACAAUGCAAUAUUUUAAUUGUGGGGGAUUAUCUUUAAAAAGCUUAUACAAAUACUCUUAUUAAUUAGGUAGUUUUAAUAAAAAUUUUAACCUACACACAUGUGUCCCGUUAUUUCAUGUGCAAUAAGACUAUGUUGUACCUGCGUUUACUUGCUAUCAUUGUGCGAUAUUUUCAAUUCAUGUAUAACGUG